AUGAACAAUUCAAAAUCAAAUUGUGAGACUUCGGAGAUGUUAAUAUCAAAUCUUUCCGGGAAAGUAGCUUGUGUGAUAUUUCUGUUUUUUGUUGUGGCAGUCACAGUGUUUGGGAACUUUAUGUUGAUAUUCAAAGUGGUAAGGAGAGCUGGUUUGCAUAGAAAAAUUAACGUGUUUGUGAUUUCUCUGGCAGUCGCUGAUUGUGGUGUUGCUUUGUUAGUAAUGUUGCCCUCUAUUUUUCAAGACUUUAUCAGUCAUUCACUAUUACAUGGAAAAUUGAUCAGAAAGAUAGUUUUUGCUUUUGAUUGCAUGUUUACCACAUCAUCCAUUUUGCAUUUCACCUGUAUGAAUGUUGACAGAUAUAUAGCCGUGAGCACUCCAUUGAAAUAUUUCCAAAAAAUGAAUGCAAAAGUAGUGUCAAUGUUGAUAAUAUUUUCUUGGAUUUUGUCAUCUGCAAUUUCAGUAACCAUUGUUCUUCUAAAUUCAGAAAAUGUUGGAUGUGAAUAUAGCCUAAUUGUGGAAGGCGUGGCUUCAGUUAUGGGUGCCGUACUUGCAUUUUACUUGCCACUACUAUUAAACAUUGUUGCUAGUGUUAAAAUUGUAUUGAAGGUUCGCAACAGAAACAAAUUUCUGUGCAACGAAUUGGAAGGUAAAUGCAGUACUCUUCGUCGUCAGCAACAUAAAAUUGAGACCAGGGUUACCAGAACAAUAAUGAUAUUACAGGGAACAUUUGCUGUGUGUACCACACCAUUCUUUCUGCUUCUCUUUUUGGUGAAUUUAUUUGGAAUAAAAGCCUCUUACACGGCGUGGUUCAUGGUAGCAUGGCUGGGAUAUUCUAAUUCAACGAUAAAUCCGUAUUUAUAUUACUUCUUGAAUAAAAGAUUUAAGAAUACGGAUAAAAAUAAUCACAGAGAGCAUAUACAAUUUGGAAAUAAAAUUUAAA